GAUAUUUGAUAUUGUUUUACUGCUUUCUGGGUAGAUAAGGUCCAUGGGUCGGUAGCUCACUUACCGCUUUCAAAUUGGAAAUGGAAAUGGCCGCCGAAAGUUAGACAAAACGCUAGCGUACGGUGCAAAGCCAUAAAAUACGUAGAAAAGAUGUCUGCGAGUCACAGACUAACGCAGUCAAGUCGAAGAACAGUAAGGACUUCAUCCUUCCCACAAGCAAGUGGUGUUUCACCAAACACACAGAAUUUUUCCCCGAAGCAAAGAGGCUACUACUCGGAUAUCGUUGUUGGACAGGGUAGCAGUGCCCAGCUCAAUAAUGUAAGUUCAGGCCCAAGAAAAGAAACAAGUGUUUCAUGGAAGACUGUUGAAAAGGAGCAUUCUCCAAAAGUUACAAGUUUUAGAGGACCAGAGAAUGUAACACAAAUUGUGAAAGAAAAUGCUUAUGGUCCAACAACAGCCCCAGUAGGGGUUUCAGAAUUCCCACUUAGAGCAUGGGAACCAAAGGUACAACUUCCUUUCAAAACAGAAGGAAACCAAGUGCCUAGGAAAAUUGAAAUUGAGAGGCGAAAGAGGCUUUUUGCCGAGUACGACAUAACAAAGCUUCUUGAAGAAUUCGAUAUUUCGAUAAACCUAUUGAUGCCAACAAACGACAUUAAACUGAAGAUUUCGCCCGGUGCUAAGCAUUUAGAUGCUGACUGUGAUCCUUUCUUGCCACUUGACAUUUUUGAUGACACUGAGUUUGACUGUCGUACGCCAGAAGAAUGGCUGGAGCUUGGGAGAGAAGACGAUGGCCAGAAGCCUGUCCCUGGGAAAGCUCUCCUUGCAAAUGGCAUCGUUAAUAAUGGGGUGAAGCAAUAUGAAUGGAUGAAUGUUGGAAUGGUUGCAUAUGAUCCCAAGAAACAGCUUUAUCAGGUUCGUGUAAUGCCACGUGGGCCAGGUGUACCAAAGAGGCCUGCCCCAGAAACAAAGCGAAAGCCAUUACAGUUUUGGAUUCCAAGAGUACGGUUAAUGUUUUCUGCUGAGGAUCCAGUGAAUUUCGCACAACGUGUUGCAGAAGCCUUUGAGCUGCGUAGGAAAACUGAGAUAUUGUUGAGAUACCAUUUGUAUAUAGAUUGUAUGCCAACUGAUGGUGUUCCUAAUCUCACUCCAGAAACCAUUGACAGGAUUGUCAAUUGGGCUAAGGGGGUAAAAUCGAUCAACAAUGAUUCAAGACUGAGUGACUGCAUUGAUGUGCUAACGAAGCAAGUUCAGCUGGAUUACAUGCGGACAAUGAACAAGAUCACCUUUGACAAAAUGAUCCGAAAAUAUCCAGAGAAGUUUGCUUAUGUUCAGCCGCAAGAUCCAGAAAUGCCAAUACCACCAGAAACAGGCCUGUGCUCGGACGUUCCACGCUACAAUUUUGAAGAUAAGUUCCGAAAGUUUUCGUUUCGAUCGCUGCUGACUUUGGGUGAGGUCAUACAAUCCCUGAUCAAAGUGAGAUCUGAAUGCAACAAGGUUGCCGCGAUGACGUUAUUUCAAGCGCCAAUCAGCAAGAGCAUGAGGUUGGAGGAAUUCGAACAGACUCAAGGACAAGCAAGUUCACAGGUUCAAAUGUUCUUGAAAGACAGCUGGCUAACUACUCUAAGAGCAUCAGUCCGAAGUUCUUUAAGAGACAUCGGUAAAGGAUGGUUUAAUUUGGAAGAAACAAACUGGGAAGUUUAUAGAAUGUCAAAGAUUUCGAAGUUGAUGGAAUCAGUACGAUUCAUGAUGCAGGACUCUUUGCGCUUUUUGGUGCAGUAUUCACUCAAAGCCUACAAACAGAUGAUUAUGGAUGCCUGUCAUUCAGUUAUGGGCCUUUCAGAUGACAUGAAAUGGGGAGAAGAUAUAUUGAAGAGCCCAUACAUGCCAAAGAAGAAUCCUAUCUUUUACUUGGAUCUUGUUAUGGAAAACAACAUGGUCACCUACAGCACAAAUCCGCACAGUUUUGAGCCAAGUGUGAUUGGCUGCUUUGACAAAGGUAUCCAAGCAACAAAGAAUGUCCCACAGCUUGAGAAACGCGUUAUGGAGAAGCUGUUUUGGAGCGGAACACCGCUGCUUGAAAGUGUUGGAGAAAAUGAGAGUGAAGUGAAAGCCAUGCGAGAGUUGAUCAGAAAAGCGAUUCGAAAGGCGAUUGUGCCGCUUCUUGCCUAUGCCAAGAAAUACGAGCAAUACCUGGAAUUGCAUAACUUGGAUAUCAAGAAAUAUCUAGAGGAUUACGAGAAGGAAGAUCACACACCAGCUCAGGUAAAACAGCUAAUUGAAAGUCAUCUACAAGAGAAAGAAGUAAUCGAAGGAAGUCUGCCUGCAAACAUUAUCAUUGGUCCAUUUUGGAUCAUGUGUGAUGGAGUUAGACAGGCAUUGGCUAAAAAGAAAAAGGCUCUUGCUAAUUCAGUGCUGGAAUUCUUGGCAAAGAAGCUUCGCAAACAGGCAGAUGAGGUCUGUGAUGAAUUUCGAACGAUUGCAAGGCGGUUGUAUGACAAGCCAAACUGCAUUGAAGAAUUAUCAGAACAGAGAGAGUACAUGAAAACAGUGCCUGGGUUAUUGACAGAAAAACAGGAACUGAUAAACAAGGCCAUGGUAGACUACGAGCUGCUUGAAGAGUUUUAUUACAGCAUCGGUCAAGAUGAUUUCAAUUCAAAAUGGACAUGUGCCAGCUGGCCUCAUAAAAUUGAACUGCUGCUGGACACUACUGCUGAACAUCUUGAAGAGGACGAGGAAAGAUUCCAUAAGAACUUGCUGAAUGAACAGAAUAACUUCCAAGAUCGCUUGGAUGGCCUCAAUAUGGUCGUUGCUGGGUUCUCUGCACACACUGAUAUCAACAAAGCCCACGAGACUGCCAAUGAAGUAAGAAGGGUUACGAAGCAGUUAAAAGAAUGCCAACAACUGGCACAACUCUACAACAGUAGGGAAAGACUUUUUGGAAUGCCAGUUACAAAUUACGACAAGCUUACAAAACUGGUAAAAGAUUUUGAACCUUUUAAAAACCUAUGGCUGACAACAUCUGAUUGGCUGAAAUGGCACGACAGCUGGAUGCAUGAUCCAAUCAACACAAUCGACGCAGAGCAGGUUGAGAAGAACGUUAAUGAUUCUUUCAAAACGAUGCACAAAUGUGCCAGGCAUUUCCAAGACAUUCCAUCUUGCCAAGAUGUAGCUCUUGAAAUCAAAGGCUGGAUUGAAGAUUUCAAACCGUUUAUUCCACUGAUUCAAGCACUGAGAAACCCUGGAAUGAGACAGAGGCACUGGGAUCAACUUUCUGCAGAGUUGAAAUUGAAGAUUUAUCCCAAAUCAACAUUAACAUUUUCAAAGUGUCUAGAUAUGAAACUACAGGAUCACAUCAAUGUAAUUACUAAAAUUGGAGAAGUCGCAGGGAAGGAAUACUCAAUCGAACAGGCUUUGGACAAAAUGGUGAAAGAAUGGACGCCAGUAGUUCUUGAUAUAAUGCCGUACAAGGAAACUGGUACCUACAUCAUGAAGAUCGGAGAAGACGUGUCCCAGCUGCUUGAUGAUCAUAUUGUCAUGACACAGAGCAUGUCUUUCUCUCCAUACAAAAAGGUCUUUGAAGAUCGUAUCUCAAAUUGGGAAGGAAAGCUACUUAUGACGCAAGAUGUCAUGGAUGAAUGGCUCGUAUGCCAACGAUCAUGGCUUUAUUUGGAACCAAUUUUCAGUUCGGAAGAUAUAAAUCGCCAGUUACCAGUCGAAAGCAAAAGAUAUCAAACGAUGGAGAGAAUUUGGAGAAAGAUACUGAACAAUGCGAAGAACAACCCAAAUGUAAUUGAUUUGUGUCCUGAUCAAAAGCUGCUUGAGAAUCUAAGAGAAUGCAAUAAGCUUUUAGAACAGGUCCAGAAAGGUCUCAGUGAAUAUUUGGAAACAAAGAGAACAUCUUUCCCCAGAUUUUAUUUCCUGUCAGAUGAUGAGCUGCUGGAAAUCCUUUCCCAAACAAAAGACCCAACUGCUGUGCAGCCGCAUCUCAGAAAAUGCUUUGAAAAUAUUGCAAAGCUCAAAUUUGAAGAUGAUUUGCGGAUCUCGAAUAUGUACUCAGCUGAAGGAGAAAUGGUACAAUUUGCAGAACAUCUUUAUCCAACAGGAAAUGUCGAAGACUGGCUGCUUGAAGUUGAGAACACUAUGAGGUCCAGCUUGAGAGAUAUUCUUUUCCAAGCGCUGCAGGAAUAUGCUGAUGUGGAGCGCACAAAAUGGGUAUUGCAAUGGCCUGGGCAAGUUGUGAUUGCAGGCUGUCAGACCUACUGGACAAGCGAAGUAUCAGAGGCUUUAGAAGAAGAAAGCCUUCCUGAACUUUAUGAGCAUCUCAAAGAGCAGCUUGGAAAUCUGGUUUCUUUGGUGCGAGGUAACCUCAGCAAUAUUGCGAGGUUGAUCCUUGGUGCUUUGAUUGUCAUUGAGGUGCAUGCUUGUGAUGUUGUUGCAAAGCUUCUAAAAGAGAAUGUUACUGGUGUGAAUGACUUUGAAUGGAUCAGUCAACUGAGGUAUUACUGGGAAGAAGAUUUGAUGGUCAAAGCUGUCAAUGCUGCCUUCAGUUACGGCUAUGAAUAUUUGGGCAACAGUGGGCGUCUUGUCAUCACUCCUCUGACAGAUCGAUGUUAUCUCACACUCACUGGUGCAUUGCAUCUGAAUUUCGGGGGAGCCCCCGCAGGUCCAGCUGGAACAGGGAAAACAGAGACUACUAAGGAUCUGGCCAAAGCAAUGGCUAUCCAAUGUGUAGUUUUCAAUUGCUCAGAUCAACUUGACUACAUGGCAAUGGGAAAAUUCUUUAAAGGUCUUGCAAGCUCUGGUGCUUGGGCUUGCUUUGAUGAGUUCAACAGAAUUGACAUCGAAGUGUUGUCCGUGGUUGCUCAACAGAUCACAACGAUUCAACAAGCUCAAAUUGCUAAAGUUGACCGCUUCCUUUUCGAAGGAGUUGAAUUGGCGUUGAAGCAUUCAUGUGCUGUGUUUAUUACAAUGAACCCAGGGUAUGCGGGCAGAACAGAACUGCCAGAUAACUUGAAGGCUCUAUUUAGGCCAGUGGCCAUGAUGGUACCUGAUUAUGCAAUGAUUGCGGAGAUCAGCUUGUAUUCCUUCGGGUUCUCUGAAGCUAAAGUUUUGGCAAAGAAAAUUACAACCACUUUCAAGCUGUCGUCUGAACAGCUUAGUUCACAGGACCAUUACGAUUUUGGGAUGCGUGCCGUCAAAACCGUCAUAUCAGCAGCUGGUAAUCUGAAGAGAGAAAACCCAAAUACCGAUGAGGAACUGAUUUGUUUACGUGCUAUUAGAGAUGUGAAUGUGCCAAAAUUUUUAUCAGAUGACUUAAAGCUCUUCAAUGGAAUUGUUUCUGAUCUAUUUCCAACUAUCAGAGAUGAGCCAGUUGAUUACGGCAACCUCGAAGCGUCAAUCAGAAAGUCAGCGAAGAAAAUGAACCUUGAAGAUGUUGAUGGUUUUAUCACCAAAUGCAUUCAGUUGUAUGAAACUACUGUUGUUCGCCAUGGUUUGAUGUUGGUAGGUCCAACGGGCUCAGGGAAAACAAAGUGCUAUGAAGUUCUCAAGAAGGCGAUUACGUCAUUAAAAGGCGAACGAUCACCAGCCGGCACUAGUUUUGAGGAAGUCCAAUCCUUUGUGCUAAAUCCAAAGUCAAUAACAAUGGGGCAACUAUACGGAGAAUUUGACUUGCUUACCCACGAAUGGACUGAUGGGAUCUUGUCUUCCCUUGUUCGUGUUGGUGCCUCAAGCACGACGCUUGACAAGAAGUGGUAUGUAUUUGACGGACCAGUGGACGCAGUCUGGAUUGAAAAUAUGAACACAGUGCUGGAUGACAACAAAAAGCUUUGCUUGACAAGUGGUGAAAUUAUCAAAUUAACAGAGUCGAUGACAAUGAUGUUUGAAGUGCAAGAUCUUGCUGUUGCUUCACCAGCCACAGUCAGUCGAUGUGGGAUGGUUUAUUUAGAGCCAAGCAUUCUUGGCCUGAAACCGUUCGUUAAGUGUUGGAUGCAAAGACUUCCUGACUGCAUCUUUGAUCACAAAGAAAAAUUGAAUUCAUUGUUUGAGAAUUUUCUAGAGCAAUCGAUCACUUCCAUUCGAAAGAAUGCCAAAGAGUACAUCCCAUCGAUGGACAGCAAUCUGACAUUCAGUUUAAUGAAAUUAUUAGACUGUUUCUUCCAGCCAUUCAUCCCAAAAGAGACUGAAACACUUGCUCCGGAAAAACUCAACGCUAUUCCUCACCUUCUCGAGCCAUGGUUCAUCUUUUCUUUGAUCUGGUCAGUUGGUGCUACCUGUGAUGGAGAUGGACGAAAGGCCUUCAGUGACUUUCUUAGGAGCAAAAUGGACAAGGAGCAGAUUUUAAUGAAAUUCCCCGAACAAGGCUUGGUCUACGACUACCGGCUCGAUGAUGGAGGCAUUUCUGAUUCAAAGCAUGAUGAUGAUGAUGAAAAAAGCAAAGCAAGAGAAAUUUGUUGGGUGAACUGGAUGCAGAAUGUCCCAACGCCAACACUUUCACCAGAUAUGAGUUACUCUGAUAUCAUUAUACCAACAAUGGACCUUGUGAGGGGUGCAUAUCUGAUAGAAAAGCUGCUAAAGAAUAAGAAAAAGGUUCUCUGUGUCGGGCCAACAGGGUCAGGAAAAACCCUUUGCAUAAGUAACAAACUAUUGAAUGGAAUGCCACAAGAAUACAUGUCCCAUUUUAUCACAUUCUCUGCAAGGACAUCUGCAAACCAGACUCAAGAUAUGAUUGAUUCGAAAUUAGAUAAAAGGCGAAAAGGCAUGUUUGGGCCUCCACUUGGAAAGAACUUUGUACUGUUUAUUGAUGAUAUGAAUAUGCCAGCAGUUGAAAUAUAUGGAGCACAACCCCCAGUUGAAUUGUUAAGACAAUACUGUGACCACGGAGGGUGGUAUGAUCGAAAACAGAUCGGAGCUUUCAAGGAACUCGUGGACAUCAAUUUGCUUGGUGCCAUGGGGCCUCCUGGAGGCGGUCGAAACCCACUCACGCCAAGAUUUACUCGGCACUUUAACACUCUUUCCUUCUGUGAAAUGGAAGAUAAAAGCAAAUUUAGAAUAUUCUCUACUAUUCUCAACAGUUGGAUAGCCUCAUACACUAAACAAGAUGGCGAAUCUCUAGGCGAUAAAAUCGUCGAACACACAAUUGCGGUUUACAACACGAUAACAACACAGCUGCUACCAACGCCGGCAAAAAGUCAUUACACCUUCAAUCUGAGGGACUUGUCAAAGGUAUUUCAAGGCAUUCUCAUGGCGAGAGCUGAUAAAAUGGAGUCGAAAGAAGAUGUGCUUCGGCUAUGGUACCAUGAAAACUGCAGAACGUUGCAAGACAGGCUUGUAAAUACAGAAGACCGUGAUUGGUUUGAGGAUGUCCUUCGUGAGAAGCUCAAGUCUGCUUUCGAGGUGACCGUAGAGGAUGUCAUGAGAAACGAGAACUUGAUUUACGGUGACUUCAUGGUGCCUAAUACUGAAGCAAAAGUCUACGCUGAGAUAACAGACUUUGAAAAGAUGGAAGCAAUUCUUGGUGAAUAUUUAGAAGACUAUAACCAAGUGAACACUGCUCAAAUGCGACUUGUUCUUUUCACUGAUGCCAUCAAACACAUUGCCAGGAUUAGCCGCAUUAUCAGGCAGCCACUAGGCAAUGCCUUGUUGCUUGGCGUUGGAGGCAGUGGUAGACAAAGUUUGACCAGAUUAGCAACACAUAUGUCGGAGUAUGACCUCUUUCAAAUAGAGCUAUCCAAGAACUACGGUUUGUCUGAUUGGAGAGAUGACAUCAAACGAGUCUUAAUGAAAGCAGGCCUUGAAAACAAUCCAAUCGUUUUCCUAUUUUGCGAUACACAGAUCAAAAGCGAGACCUUUCUGGAGGACAUCAACGGGAUGCUUAAUUCUGGUGAUGUUCCUAACAUCUACGCCCCUGAUGAGCUUGACAAUAUCUACACAGCAAUGAAGCCGAUUGUUCUCGACGAAGGCAUGCAGCCAACGAAAGCUAAUCUAUUUUCUUGCUAUACAAAGCGGAUCAAGACUAACAUACAUCUUGUAAUUUGCAUGAGUCCAAUUGGUGAGGUUUUCCGAUCACGUUUGCGACAAUUUCCUUCAUUGGUAACAUGCUGUACGAUUGAUUGGUUCUCAGAAUGGCCUGAUCAGGCUUUGCAAUCUGUUGCAAAUACCUACAUUUUGGAGAUGCCGGAAAUAGAUUCCAGAAAAACAAACGUUCCUGGACUGGUGAAUAUUUUUGGAACAAUCCAUCAGAGUGUUUCAAAGAAGUCACUUCAAUAUCUUCAUGAACUCUCAAGACACAACUAUGUUACCCCAACAAGCUACUUGGAAUUGCUUGGAACCUUCAGUAAAGUCCUUGGUUUAAAGAAAUCGGAAAUACAGGGAGCGCGAAACAGAACUAAAACUGGUCUAGAUAAGCUUUUGAGCACACAGAAAGAAGUCACCAAGCUACAAGAAGAGCUGGAAAUGAUGCAGCCUCUCUUAGCGCAGGCUGCAAAAGAGACUCAAGAUACCAUGGAGCAAAUUGCUAGAGACUCUGUAAUAGCCAAUGAGACAAAGGAAGUUGUAACUAAAGAGGAACAAGAGGCCUCUAAAAAGGCAGAAGAAACACAAGAGAUAGCUGAUGAUGCUCAAAAGGAUUUGAAUGAAGCCUUACCUGCUUUGGAAGCAGCUUUGACUAGCCUUAAGUCAUUGAACAGAAAUGACGUCGUUGAGGUCCGAGCUUUACAACGGCCUCCACCAGGCGUGAAAAUGGUCAUUGAAGCUGUUUGUAUAAUGAAAGGCCUCAAGCCCAAGAAAGUUGCUGGUGAUAAGCCUGGAUCAAAAGUAGAUGACUACUGGGAAGCAGGUAGAGGUUUGCUACAAGACCCUGGAAAAUUCCUUGACAGCCUUUUUGCUUACGACAAAGACAAUAUUCCAGACUCUGUCAUUCAGAAAAUCCAACCUUACAUCGAUAGUGAAGACUUCCAGCCAUUUGCUAUUCAGAAGGUUUCACGUGCUUGCACAUCCAUUUGCCAGUGGGUACGAGCAAUGCACAAGUACCACUUUGUUGCCAAGAAUGUUGCCCCGAAAAGAGAAGCAUUACGAGGUGCACAGGACGAGCUUCAAGAAACCCAAAGACUAUUAGAUGCUGCCAAAGCGAGGCUGGCUGAAGUUGAGGAGGGCAUAGCAUCUUUGCAAGCAAAAUACGAAGAAUGCGUUGCCAAGAAACAGGACCUCGAAUUCAAAACAGAACAGUGUACUGCAAGGCUUGGGAGGGCAGAAAAGCUCAUCAGUGGACUCAGCGACGAACAAGGACGUUGGGAAGAAGCUGUUGAGAACUUCGAUAAACUCUUAGUAAAUAUUGUUGGAGAUAUCGUUAUUUCAUCAGGCUUCAUCGCAUAUCUUGGAGUAUUCACGGGUGAAUAUCGAAACGAUCUUGUCGAAGAAUGGAAAAGUGAGCUUAAACGAGAAAAUAUACCUCUGUCUGAUAAUUGCACUCUGGUUGGAACUCUUGGAGACCCUGUCAAAAUACGUAACUGGCAAAUCGCGGGUCUUCCGCGGGAUACCCUAUCCAUCGAUAAUGGUAUAAUUGUCCAGUAUUCGAAGAGAUGGCCUUUGUUUAUUGAUCCUCAAGGGCAGGCAAACAAAUGGAUCAGGUGUCAGGAGAAAGAUGCUGGCUUGGACAUCAUCAAGCUGACAGACCGAGAUUUCCUCCGCAGUCUGGAAAAUGCAGUCAGGUUUGGCAAACCAUGCCUGCUUGAAAAUGUAGGUGAAGAGCUCGAUCCAGCACUGGAACCCAUUUUGCUGAAACAGGUUUUUAAGCAACAAGGAAGUACUGUGAUCAAACUAGGCGACACAAUCAUUCCCUAUCAUGACGAUUUCUCGUUCUACAUCACAACAAAGCUACCAAAUCCACAUUAUACCCCUGAGGUCUCGACAAAAGUAACAAUCGUUAACUUCACAUUGUCUCCAAGUGGUCUGGAGGAUCAGCUACUGGCCUUGGUCGUUGCAGAGGAGCGACCUGAUCUAGAGGAAGCAAAAAAUCAGCUGAUCAUAAGCAAUGCCAAGAUGAAGCAAGAUAUAAAAGCAAUCGAGGAUAAGAUUCUGCUUAGAUUGUCUUCCUCAGAAGGAAGUCCUGUGGAUGACAUUGAUCUGAUUCAUACUUUGGAGCAAUCUAAGAUCAAGUCGCAGGAAAUCAAAGCCAAAGUUGUGAUAGCAGAGCAGACAGAAAAGGAUAUUGAUGUGACGAGGAGCCAGUACAUCCCUGUGUCUGUUAGAACGCAGAUUUUAUUCUUCUGCACAUAUGAUCUGGCCAACAUUGACCCUAUGUAUCAGUAUUCACUUGAAUGGUUUGUCAAUAUCUUCUUAAAAAGCAUCGCCAAUGCCGAUGCAGCAGAUAAUGUUAUGCAGAGGAUCAAGAACAUCAAUGAUUAUUUCACCUUCAGUUUAUAUUCAAAUGUCUGCAGAAGUUUGUUUGAAAAGCACAAGCUAUUAUUUGCAUUCUUGGUCACUGUUCGUAUAUUGAUGAACGAAAAUAAAAUCAACAUGGACGAGUGGAGAUUCCUUCUAGCUGGUGGAACAAUUAUUCCCAAAGAAUCUGAAAACCCUGCGAAGGACUGGCUGUCUGAACGAUCUUGGAGGGAAAUUCUCAUGCUAGCUAAUUUGCCAAAGUUUGCAAAAUUUGCAGACGAUUUCUCAAACCAUUUAGCCGGUUUCAAGAACAUCUUUGACAGUGGUGAUCCGCACAGGGAACCUCUUCCUGGAACGUGGGAUACUGAACUUGAUGCCUUUCAGAAGAUUCUGGUUCUCCGAUGCUUACGAGCUGACAAAGUCACGAAUGCCAUGCAGGACUUUGUUGCCAACCAACUAGGACAAAGAUUUAUCGAGCCACAGACUACUGAUUUAUCCCUGGUUUUCAAAGAUUCCUCCCCAGUUACACCUUUGAUAUUCGUGCUGUCCCCUGGUACAGACCCUGCUGCCGAUGUUUACAAAUUUGCUGAAGAAAUGCGAUUCUCAAAGAAACUCAGUGCCAUUUCAUUAGGCCAGGGCCAAGGGCCUAGAGCCGAGACAAUGAUGGCAAGUGCAAUGGAGCGUGGUAAAUGGGUUUUCUUCCAAAACUGUCAUUUGUCUCCAAGUUGGAUGCCCACGCUAGAGAGACUGAUCGAGCAUAUCGAUCCAGACAAGGUUCACAGAGACUUCCGCCUAUGGCUCACUAGUAUGCCAAGCCCGAAGUUUCCGGUGUCGAUAUUGCAAAAUGGAUCGAAGCUUACUGUAGAACCCCCGCGAGGAAUCAAGGCCAAUCUUCUUCGAACUUAUGUCUCCUUUAGUGAUGAUUUCUUUGCCACUUGCCAGAAGACCUCAGAAUUCAAGAUUUUGCUCUUCUCCUUGUGCCUGUUCCACGGUGUGACAUUGGAAAGGCGAAAAUAUGGUCCGCUUGGUUUUAACAUUCCAUACGAGUUCACAAAUGGAGAUCUGCGAAUAUGUAUCAGCCAACUUAGCAUGUUUCUUGAUGAAUACCCUGAAAUACCUUUCAAAGUCUUGAAAUACACAGCGGGUCAUAUAAAUUAUGGUGGUCGCGUUACUGAUGAUUGGGACAGAAGGUGUAUCAUGACCAUCCUGGAUGACUAUUAUCAACAAGUUGUUUUUACUCCGAACCAUAAAUAUGAUGCGUCGGGCGUUUAUCAUCAGCUCGAACCAACAAGUGACCAUGAGACCUUUAUGGUGUACAUAAAAAGGCUGCCAAUCAACGACACACCUGAAAUAUUCAGUCUACACGAGAAUGCAAACAUAACAUUUGCCCAGAACGAGACAUUCAGUUUGUUGAAUGGCAUUUUACUGUUGCAACCAAAAUCAGCUGCAGGUGCAGGAAGAUCACGGGAGGAGGUGCUUGAAGAAAGUGCCCGAAACAUUUUGCAGCUCGUAUCGGAUCCACUUCCCAUAGAACCGAUUUCGGAGAAAUACCCGGUCAAAUACGAGGAGUCAAUGAAUACAGUCUUAGUUCAAGAGGUUCUGCGCUAUAACAAACUGCUUUCCACCAUCAAGGACUCGCUCCGUGAUUUGCUCAAGGCUAUCAAAGGUUUGGUUGUCAUGUCGCAGCAGCUUGAGACCAUGUCAGAGAAACUAUUUAACAAUCAGGUCCCUGAACUCUGGGCAAGCAAGGCAUACCCAUCACUGAAGCCGCUAGCUUCCUGGGUCACCGACUUAACUAAGAGAAUUAAAUUCAUCCAGGAUUGGAUUGAUAAUGGCAUACCAUCUGUCUUUUGGAUCUCGGGUUUUUUCUUUCCCCAAGGAUUCUUAACAGGCACUUUGCAAAAUUUUGCAAGAGCUGGAAAAAUCUCAAUCGACACAAUUUCGUUUGAUUUUGAAGUCAAACGAGAAUCUGAAGACCAACUGAAAGAGCGACCCAAUGAGGGCUGCUAUAUCAAAGGUUUGUUUCUCGAAGGAGCUCGGUGGGACUUUGAGAGACACGAGCUUACUGAAAGUAGGGCCAAAGAGCUUUACACAGAUGUUCCGGUAAUAUGGAUGAAGCCAACAGCAAACCGUGUUAAACCGGAGUCCGGUAUUUAUGAUUCUCCGGUCUACAAAACAUUGACAAGAGCUGGCACGCUAUCAACAACUGGCCACUCGACAAAUUUUGUUAUUUCCAUCGAACUUCCAACCUCAAAGCCCCAGAAACACUGGAUCAAGCGUGGGGUGGCUAUGAUGUGUGCACUUGAUUUUUAGACAUUUGAAUCGUUAAGAAUAUUUGGACUUAUCAAGCAAAGAGGUUUUUCGUGGUUUGGUGUUCUUUUUAUUGUACAUAUUUGGUACCCUUGUUUGUAAUUUUUUUCCUCUGUGUGGUUGUAAAUAUCAGAUUCAAUAUCAGUUAAGCUUGAUUUUUGUUUAAUAUUGUCAAUAAAGAAGUCUCUCAGUAUCUAAAGAAAUGAAGGGAUUGCUAAUAUAGAAGAUAUAUUGCUUGGGUUCACGUGAUAAUUGAAUGAAUUUUAUGUCAAAGACUUAAAUAUAGAAUAUUGAUAAUAACCUUGAAUCUAAGAUAAUAAGCUGUUGCAAAUGGUAGCAUCGUAGGCUAAGACCCUGUUUACACUACAGGAAAAAGAAUCUAAGUAUAAUAAAUGUCAUACUUACAGUAUGGAAAUUUUUCGAUAUUUUAGAAGUGUUCACAAAUAUUCUAGAAAGCCUAUUCAUGCCAAGAAGUUUCAUAUAAUUUGUUCGCUGUAGCCCCUACCAGUAAAGAAAUUAAAUUUUGCUACCCAUUCAAUACAUCUUUUGUAGAGUAGAACCCAACUCUAUUGCUUGUAUCAUUAGUUUAAAAAAUCAAUUUCUGAUUCAUAAGCACAGCAGAAAAGUGUUUUAGCCUAAAUAAAUCCCUUCAUUUUAUGCUUGCUGUAUAUAGAUUUACAUUUAGAUCAAAUGGAUAAAUAUUUGGUUUGCAAUUCUCUAUUAAUGAUUGUUUCUAACUCUUCAAAUGUUCCUGGUUUUGCAGUCUUA